GUGUGUGUGUGUGUGUGUGUGUGUGUGUGUGUGUGUGUGUGUGUGUUGCUCUCCUGACUGAAGGUGGAUUAGCUCGUGUAACGUCACAUCUCCUCGGUCGGUAUUUUUAACCGGAUUUUCCGAGUCUCUCAGCGGGAGAAUCGACGCGCUUUAAGGGCAGAACGGCCGAUAAAGGAGCUGCAGGUGGAGAUUGUGUUGUUCAUGACUCUAUAAACGCUCAGGAAUCAGUAUGUCUGUGCAAAACCCGCUUCAGGUGGUGAACAUCCCCUGGAGGAACAACAACUUCAGCCUGAUGAGUCGCGAUCCGCCGCUGUCCGACCAGGGAGAGACGAUCAUCGGCGUGUACCUGCUGGUUCUGGGUUGGUUGUCAUGGUUUGGGAACAGUAUCGUGAUCUUCAUCCUGUUCAAGCAGAGAUCUUCUCUCCAGCCCACCGACUAUCUGACGCUCAAUCUCGCCAUCUCCGACGCCAGCAUCUCCGUGUUCGGAUAUUCCCGAGGAAUCCUCGAGAUCUUUAAUGUGUUCAAGGAUAAUGGCUACCUCAUCACAUCUGUGUGGACGUGCCAGGUGGACGGUUUCUUCACGCUGGUUUUCGGUCUCGGCAGCAUCAACACGCUCACCGUCAUCAGCAUCACCAGAUACAUCAAGGGAUGCCAUCCGAGUAAAGCUCACUGUAUCACCAACACCACAGUGAUGAUGUGCAUCAUUUUCAUCUGGCUCGGAUCCUUGUUCUGGUCCGGCGCUCCCAUCCUGGGCUGGGGAAGCUACACAGAUCGAGGAUACGGCACCUGUGAGAUCGACUGGGUCAAAGCCAAUUAUUCCACCAUCCACAAGUCCUACAUCAUCUCCAUCCUCAUCUUCUGCUUCUUCGUCCCUGUGCUGAUCAUGCUGUUCUCAUACGUGUCCAUUAUAAACACGGUGAAGCGAGGCAACGCCAUGUCAGCGGAGGGCGACCUGACCGACAGACAGCGCAAGAUCGAGAGGGACGUCACUAUCGUGUCCAUUGUGAUUUGCACGGCGUUCAUCCUGGCCUGGUCUCCGUACGCCGUGGUGUCCAUGUGGUCGGCGUGGGGUUUCCACGUGCCGAGUCUCACCAGCAUCUUCACGCGACUCUUCGCCAAGUCCGCCAGCUUCUACAACCCGCUCAUCUACUUCGGCCUGAGCUCCAAGUUCCGCAAAGACGUGAGCGUGUUGCUGCCCUGCAGCGGCGACGGAAAAGACACCGUCAAACUCAAACGCUUCAAAAAGAUCAAGGGGAAGGCGGACGGCGCGUCACCCGGAGCCCCGCGCCAGCGCUUCAGGCCCUGCGGCGAGGAGAACCGCGGCUUACAAAAGAUCGAGAAAAAGUACCAUCCAGGGCGAGAGCCGGCAAACCCCGCCCCCAGCCCGGACUCAGGGGUGGGCAGUCGCCCCGAGACUCCGCCCCCUGCUAAUAAACAGGUGUUCACCAUCGACGUGCCCGAGCCGUCAGACACGCCCGAGUCUGAAUGCGUCAGACUGUAGAUCUGGAGUGAUCGCGACCAUUUUUCUGUUUGAUUUUUAUAUACGAAUGACUUUAUGUUAAUGAUGUAAGCAGCACGAAAAGCUAUUUUUGUAAAUGAUGGAUGUAAAUGUGAAAUAUUGUUUUUUAACAACUGUGUACAUCAGCAUUAAUAAAGAAAGUUUUGUGUUGACAUGAA